AUGCAAAUAAGAGACCUCUCUAGGGAGAAAAAUCCAAAGCAAAAGGGAACACUUCCUAGUGACAUAAUUGUGAACCCAAAGGGUAGUGGGAGUGGCCCAACUUCUCAUGUCAUGGCAAUUACUACUAGGAGUGGGAAGAUACUACAAGGAGAGGGUGAACAAGUGGUUGAGAUAGAAGAGUUAGAGAAAGGUGUUGAGGUUGAAGAGCCAAGUGUUGUCGAAAUUGAGAAAAUUCCGGAAGAUGCGCAAGUGCAAGAAGAGAACCGGGAAGCGGUAAAGGAAAAGGUAAAACAGACACCAAAAACUCUUCCACCUAUUCUUAGACCUCCUCCUCCAUUCCCUCAAAGACUCGCUAGGAAGGUUGAUGAUAGCAAACUCGAGAAGUUCUACGACAUUCUCAAGCAAUUAUCGGUGAAUAUCCCAUUUGUGGAAGCAUUUCAAGAGAUGCCGGGUUUUGCUAAGUAUUUGAAAGAAUUGAUCACCAAGAAGAAAACCACCAAAAAUGAAGUGAAAGAGGACUCGGGAGCUCUUACCAUUCCUUGUACCAUCAGGGUACAUGAUUUUGCAAGAUCCCUUUGUGAUAAUGGAGCGAGAAUCAACUUGAUGCCUCUUGCCAUUUACAAGAAAGCAUGA